UUAGAAAAUCGAAAAAUCAAAAAACCAAGUCAAAAUUUAAUGGUGAAAACAAAACUCAUUUAUAACGUCUUAUAAUUUUAUAAGGAGUGCUCAGAGAUCUAAAGUAAACGUCCGCAGUAAUGGCGGAGUUUCAGGCAGUGAUCUUGGCUGCUGGGAGUGGGUCUCGUAUGUACCCUCUCACAGACAAGAUCCCCAAAGCCUUAUUACACGUGGGAAACAUGCCUCUUAURUGGUAUCCUGUUAAUCUGUUGGAAAAAGCGGGCUUUGAAGAAAUAAUUGUUGUAGUUCUUGAGUCAGAGGCGACCAAAAUAUCUCAAGCACUAACUACGUAUUGUAACAAUCCCAAGUUGAAAUUCGAAUUUGCAACAAUACCAGAUGACAAAGAUAUGGGAACAGCAGACUCAUUAAGACACAUCAAAGAUAAAAUAGAGAAAGAUAUUGUGUUAGUGAGCUGUGACCUGAUCACUGAUGUUCCCCUUCAUCGUCUUGCUGAUAUUCAUCGGACUUAUGACGCAUCUGUAACAGCACUUCUAGCUCCCAUACCAGAGACCAGUGCUGAUAGAGAAGCAGCAGCAAAUCCAAAAGCAAAGAAGAAGAAAAUUCAAGCAACAGAUCACUGUGAUUAUACUGGCAUUCACUCUGCAGAAAACAGACUUAUUUAUUUUGCUCCCGGAGCAGAUUUAGAAGAAACUCUUGUCGUUAAAAAAUCUUUACUCAAAAGAUAUCCGUGUAUUAAUAUAGUUACCAAUUUGAUGGACGGUCACUUGUAUAUCAUGAAAAAAUGGACCAUUGAUUAUCUUACCCAAACCAGAUCAAUUAGUACAGUCAAGGGAGAGCUCAUUCCUCACCUAGUGAAAAAACAGUUUCAAAAGCACAACAAAGUUAAAAAAGCAUUUAUUCUUGGACCUGAAACUGGAUCUAUUUCUGUUGCUGGCGAUGAUUCAAAACCAGAUCUUUUAAGCCUUGCUAUAGAGGAUGACAUUACUACUGCCRUUAGAGAUUUGUCAUCAUGGAGAGGUUCAUGCGCAACAGAGAAUGAUAACAGCAAUAGCAUUAGGUGCCAUGCAUAUGUCAUGGAAUCUGGUCUGUGUAUACGUGCAAAUAAUUUACAGAUGUACAUGGAGGCCAAUAGACUGAUUCCCAAAAAAUUAAAUGAAUUAUCUUCAAAGGAAAUUCCCUUGGUCCAUUCUUCAGCAUUCAUCAAACCUAAGUCUCAGGUUGGUAAUGACUGCAUGGUUGAUGAAAGUGUGUCCAUUGGAGAGAAAGUAUCUGUGAAGAGAUCAGUCAUUGGUAAACACACAACGAUCGGAGACAGAGUCAAGAUAGCAAACUCUGUCAUCAUGGAUCAUGUCACUAUCAAAGAUGGGUGUAAUAUCCAGGGAAGCAUUAUCUGCAAUGAUGCAUACAUCAAGGAAAAUGCAAGUCUGAAAGAUUGUCAAGUAGGAAAUGCCCACACCAUCAAUGAAGGAGUUGAAUGUAAAGGAGAAGCAUUAGUUGCUGAACAGCUAAUGGAUUUUGAGUAGACAAGGAUAACAGACUACAUGAGUACGUUCACAACAUUUUCAGUUCACCAAGACAACUAUGAAUAUUGUCAUAACUUAUUUUAAAAAGAUAUUGUUAAAAGUAUUGCAAUCUUAUUUCUAGAAAGUAUAAUAUCUAAUAAAAGUCUGUAUGCUAGGGUGUUAUCAAUAAAUGAUUAUAAAAUGGUACUUCAAGUAGUCUGUGGAUAAAUAUCUAAAUGUAUUUAUAAAAAAAACUAACAAAAAUUGGUGAUGAUAUGCAUUUUAAUUUAAUAACUUGAAAUUACAGGUAAAUUUGCUGACAUCAUWAUUAUUGAGAAUAUCUAUYYUAAAAUAAAUUUCUGCACCAUGUUGACUAUUYUUUGUCUAUAAAAUAUGUUAAAUAYAUAAAUAAAAACAUUCCUGAUWACC